CCUGUCCCUCGGGCCUGGCCGUGGACCGGGAGGGGCCGCGGUCCUGCUAGAAGGCGAGCGUGAGGCGGGUCCGGAGCCAGCAGCCGCGAUCCGGAUCCCCGGGCCCCUGAGCGUGGCUCGAUUUCUCCCACGCCGCCAGUUUCUGUACCGUUUCGGGGUUCUGAAUGGCCUGGCAUUCGACGCAAGUCGGAAUGUGGGUGGGGGUCCGCGGAGAACACGGGCGACAAGCCGCACAGGGACUGCCGCUUGGGGUUUUCACUCCGACUCCUUCGAGCCAGGCAGUUUGCAAAUCCUCCCCGUUUAAAAAAAAAUAUCAAGGCUCAUGAUUGUCUCCUACAGCCAGCGUCUGACCCAGCGGGUCGGAAGUCCUGAGUCACGAGAAUGUGUGACUCAGUCCGAUGCCAAAAUCCCCAAAGACAAAGCAACCAGCCAGUUGCUCCUGGAGACCGACUGGGAGUCUAUCCUGCAAAUCUGUGAUCUGAUCCGCCAGGGAGACACUCAGGCAAAAUAUGCUGUGAACGCCAUCAAAAAGAAAGUAAACGACAAGAACCCGCAUGUGGCCCUGUAUGCCCUCGAGGUCAUGGAGUCAGUGGUGAAGAACUGUGGUCAGACAGUCCAUGAUGAGGUGGCCAACAAGCAAACCAUGGAGGAGUUGAAGGAACUGCUAAAGAGGCAGGUAGAAGUCAAUGUGCGCAACAAGAUACUAUACCUGAUCCAGGCCUGGGCACACGCCUUCCGGAAUGAGCCCAAGUAUAAGGUGGUGCAGGACACCUACCAGAUCAUGAAGGUGGAAGGACACACCUUCCCAGAGUUUAAGGAGAGCGACGCCAUGUUUGCUGCGGAGCGAGCUCCAGACUGGGUGGACGCUGAGGAAUGCCACCGGUGUCGCGUGCAGUUCAAUGUGGUGACGCGCAAGCAUCACUGCCGGGCAUGUGGGCAGAUCUUCUGUGGCAAGUGUUCCUCCAAGUGCUCUACCAUCCCCAAGUUUGGCAUCGAGAAGGAGGUGCGCGUGUGUGAGCCCUGCUACGAGCAGCUGAACAAGAAAGGAGAGGGAAAAGCUGCUUCCACCACCGAGCUGCCACCCGAGUACCUGACCAGCCCCCUGUCACAGCAGUCCCAGCUGCCCCCCAAGAGGGACGAGACAGCACUGCAGGAGGAGGAGGAGCUGCAGCUGGCCCUGGCCCUGUCCCAGUCGGAGGCCGAGGAGAAGGAACGCAUGAGACAGAAGUCGACAUAUACCACGUACCCCAAGGCAGAGCCCACACCCGUGGCCUCGUCCGCACCCCCCGCCAGCAGCCUGUACUCCUCACCUGUGAACUCGUCAGCACCUCUGGCCGAGGACAUUGACCCUGAGCUCGCUCGGUAUCUCAACCGUAACUACUGGGAAAAGAAGCAGGAGGAGGCACGCAAGAGCCCCACGCCCUCAGCGCCUGUGCCCCUGGCCGAGCCAGCCGCCUUGCCUAGGGAGGGGCACAUGACCCCAGUAGUCACAGUGGAGACGUCCCUCCCAGAGCCUGACUCUCAGCCCAUAGCACCUUCUGGUGGCCACUUCAGUGAGCAGCAGUACCAGAACGGGGAUUCGGAGGAGAGCCACGAGCAGUUCUUGAAGGGUCUGCAGAACGCCGUCAGCACAUUCGUCAACCGGAUGAAGAGCAACCACAUGCGAGGCCGCAGCAUCACCAAUGACUCAGCCGUGCUCUCGCUCUUCCAGGCCAUCAAUGGCAUGCACCCCCAGCUCCUCGAGCUGCUCAACCAGCUGGAUGAGCGCCGGUUGUACUACGAGGGGCUGCAGGACAAGCUGGCCCAGAUCCGCGAUGCCCGGGGGGCACUUAGUGCCCUGCGUGAGGAGCACCAAGAGAAGCUGCGCCGGGCAGCUGAGGAGGCUGAGCGCCAGCGCCAGAUCCAGCUGGCCCAGAAGCUGGAGAUCAUGCGGCAGAAAAAGCAGGAGUACCUGGAGGUGCAGCGGCAGCUGGCCAUCCAGCGCCUGCAGGAACAGGAGAAGGAGCGGCAGCUGCGCCUGGAGCAGCAGAAGCAGACGGUGCAGAUGCGCGCCCAGAUGCCAGCCUUCCCGCUGCCCUAUGCCCAGCUACAGGCCAUGCCUACAGCUGGGGGCGUGAUAUACCAGCCCUCGGGCCCCACCAGCUUCCCAGGCACCUUCAGCCCGGCAGGUUCGGUGGAAGGUUCCCCCAUGCACACGGUGUAUAUGAACCAGCCUGCUCAGGCCAGCGGCCCCUACCCCAGCAUGCCUGUGACAGGAGCAGACCCCAGCAUGGUGAGCGCCUAUAUGUACCCAUCAGGGGCCGCGGGUGGGCAGGCAGCACCCCCAGGCCAGGCCGGGGCCACCGCCAGCCCAGCGUACUCGUCUUACCAGCCCACCCCCACACACGGCUACCAGAGCAUUGCCUCCCAGGCCCCGCAGAGCCUCCCGACCUUGCCCCAGCCGCCACAGACCGGGACCAUGGGCUACAUGGGGAGCCAGUCAGUCUCCGUGGGGUACCAGCCCUACAGCAUGCAGAGCCUCAUGACCACCCUCCCCAGCCAGGAUGUGCCACUGCCCCCCCAGCAGCCCUAUCUUGCAGGGCAGCAGCCCAUGUACCAGCAGAUGGCACCCACUGGGGGCCCCCCACAGCAGCCACCGCCAGUGGCCCAGCAGCCGCCUGUGCAGGGACCGCCGGUGCAGGGCAGCGAAGCCCAGCUCAUCUCCUUUGACUGACCCGGCGGUGCACACCAGCCUAACACUACGGCUCCUCCAAGGCUGCCUGUCUGACUCGCCGCCUCACUCUACUGUUGCGUCUUUCUUGUGUGGGCAGGCGCCACCCCCA